UUAAUAUAUAUUAAAAUGGAGAGGGAGGGGAUAAGAAGAGCAGCGUUAACAGCGGUAGAGACGAUGGCCGUCGUCGCUUCGUCGCGGCUUGCCAUCUCCUUCCUCUCGCAUUCGCCUCGUCUCUCUUCUCCUGCUUCAGCGGCGUCCUUUUCUGUCUUCGUUUCCAGGGGAGUCUCUUCGGCAGCUCGGUUUCGGUGCGCCGCCGGGCAAACUGGGUUCUUCACCCGGCUGGGUCGCCUCAUCAAGGAGAAGGCCAAGAGCGAUGUUGAUAAGCUCUUCUCAGGAUUCUCCAAGACGCGUGAGAGCCUCUCCGUUGUGGAUGAGCUCCUCCUCUACUGGAACCUCGCCGACACCGACCGAGUUCUGGAUGAGCUCGAAGAGGCACUUUUAGUGUCUGAUUUCGGCCCGAAAAUUUCGUUCAAGAUCGUGGACAGCCUUCGGGAAGAUAUACUAGCGGGGAAGCUGAAGUCUGGAAGUGAGAUAAAGGAGGCUUUGAAGACGAGCGUGCUCCAGUUGUUGACAAGCAAGGGCAGUAAGACAGAGCUUCAGCUGGGAUUUAGAAAACCUGCAGUGAUUAUGAUUGUUGGUGUUAAUGGAGGUGGAAAGACAACGUCUCUUGGAAAACUUGCUCAUAGAUUGAAAAAUGAAGGGGUAAAGGUUUUAUUGGCAGCAGGUGAUACAUAUAGAGCAGCAGCUAGUGAACAACUGGAAGUAUGGGCUGAGAGAACGCAAUCAGAAAUAGUUGUGGCUGAUGAUGAUAAAGUGAAGGCCCCAUCAGUCCUUUCAAAGGCAGUGAAAAAGGGCAAACAGCAAGGCUAUGAUGUGAUCUUGUGUGAUACGUCCGGACGUCUUCAUACAAACUACAGUCUGAUGGAGGAGUUGGUGUCAUGCAAGAAAGCUGUUGCCAAAGUCAUUCCAGGUGCUCCAAAUGAGAUACUGCUUGUUCUUGAUGGAACCACUGGUUUGAACAUGCUGCCCCAGGCGAGAGAAUUUAAUGAAGUUGUUGGCGUCACUGGAUUAGUACUAACGAAGCUGGAUGGUUCCGCUCGAGGUGGAUGCGUGGUCAGUGUGGUGGAGGAACUCGGUAUCCCUGUCAAGUUCGUCGGUGUUGGCGAAGGAGUUGAUGACCUCCAACCAUUUGAUGCUGAGGCCUUCGUUAAUGCCAUUUUCUCUUGACUUUGGAGGCAUUAUCCUGGAAACAUCUUGUGCAGUUUUUUCUGAUGAUGGCACAAAGCUUUCUUGAUGUGAUGAGACAUGUACAGUUGACUCCCUGUUCUAGCAACAUUAAACCUAGAUAUUUGAAACAUAUUUUUCAUUCAUUAAAAACUGUAAUGCGUGUAUAAAAGUCUGUACGUAAUUUUGAUGGAAAAUGAUCUCUUCAGCAUUCUUUCCUCUUGUUCAAA